CAAUUGCAUCGCUCUAAAAGCAAAAAAAACUGUAGUACACUACGCUUCUCUACUGCGCAGACUCACAAACGGGAAGAGAUCUCUUCCCCUUAAGAGGAUUUUCAAAGUCUACUUAUAAAGCUCUUAGGAGCUCAAAACCACCAGUAAAGCUGUAUAAGCACCGGGUUGACGGCUCCGAAGGGAGUGGGGCGUCGUAUGGAGAGCUGCCUGCUGAAAUCGCGAUGAGUUACAAACCUAUUGCGCCGGCACCAUCUGGCUCCAACCACACACCUCCAGGUUCCUCUGUGCCCUCUCCUUCCCUGCCCUCAUCAUCCAACUUUAGGCCGGCUUUUAGUGACUUUGGCCCACCCUCCAUGGGCUUUGUUCAGCCUGUCAAAGUGUCUCAAGGGUCCACCUACAGUGAGCUUCUGUCCGUCAUUGAGGAGAUGAGCCGUGAGAUCAGACCUACAUAUGCUGGGAGCAAGAGUGCUAUGGAGAGGCUAAAGAGAGGUAUAAUCCAUGCCCGUGCACUGGUCAGGGAGUGUCUUGCAGAGACGGAGAGAAGCGCCCGCACAUAACCUUUUCGAAAGCUCCCUUCACUCCUCACUUUUUCCCUGUAGAAGCCUGUCCUCUUCAAGAUCCCCAUCGUCUGUUUUACAACCAUUUUUUAUCCUCUCGCGCUUUCCUCAAAGGCUUUUUAUAGGUGCAUUAUGUCCUUCUUGUCUCCACUGUUCCCUGCAUUCCUCCACCAAUUUUGUUAAUCACAAACCUUCUGUGAACUGUGGGGUGUAUGCAAAAUGCAGUUUUGUAUCUAUUUUAAAUAAGAGUGUAGGGAAUUUCAACACAUUUCUAAGUUGAGCUGUUGGUAAAAACCUUAGUAAAAUGAGAAUAUUUAUAAUAUUAUUUGUUCAAUAAUGGCUAUUGACCAAGAAAGUUGGGUUAUAUUUAUUGGUGAAAUCAAUGUUCCAGCUGCACCUGGUCUCAAGUUUCUAUUCUGAACAUCACUCUGAAACCACUAAAUAUUUUUUGUUAAUCUGAGCAUCUUGACUAUACCCCAUUUCCAUCCACACUUGCUUUGUUAUUUUGUAGUGUAAACACACAUUAGAUGUUUCUCAAUCCCAAGAACGCUGUACAUCUCAAGUCAAUUUGUUAGUAUGGAAAUUUUGUAAACCAGAUUUUUGCAGUUCUGUAUGUAUAUCUUAAUUAAAUAACAGAAAAAACACAUUCAGUGGCAUUCAUUUGUGAACCAUAAUGAACAAGUUGCUAUGGAAGUGGUGGGUAGAUUUCCCAGUUAAGCAGACAGUGAUGAGACACCUUCAUAUGAAAUGUUUUACUUGAAAUUCUUCAGGACAUUGAGCUUAACGAAUAGACUCCAUCUAUGAUUUAAAAAAAAUGUGAGAGCUCUGGAAACUUUUAUAUUAAGUGCACCAUGUGCUAAGAAUUCUUUUGAGAUUUAAAAAUAUAUAUUUCGAAAAAUAAUUUACUCAGGAAUGUACUGGAAUAUUAAGAGGAUAAAAUACAAACUUUUUUUCCAAACUGUGUCUAUGUUAUAAAUAUAUUUAAAGAAAACGAUGGGGAUAAACACAUUUAUUUUUUGUUAUAUAAUCACAACUUCAAUAAAAUCUCCCUUCAGACAGGUCGGGCUCGCUGCUUCCCAUGAAGAGUGAGUAACUGGUGAGGGUAGAGUACAUCUUGACAAAAACAAUAUAAUGGCAUAUAACAUAAAUGAAAUAAGUACAUAGGAUAAAGCAAAGAUAACACAAGACUGUGUUAUAUAAUGAUUGUCAGACAGCUGGGUUUCCCAGUCGCAUCUAUAAGGAGAUAAUGGUCUCCUGCAUAUUCCAGUGCUUUCGCUGUGACCAAGAUAGAAGAGGGGGGUCUAGCGGUGCAAGGCAGAGGUGUGCAUGGGAGUACUUGAUG